GGCGCUCGCUCGAAAUGUCAGCUAGGUAGCGAUAAAACAAUGUGAUUUAUUGUGGAUUGUGUGAUAACUGUAUGAUGUAGCCUGCUUUGAUGAGUGAGAGUGUAGCGAGCGAGCGCCCGCGGUGUGAUGUUAGAGGCAGGCGCCUCCAUCGGUGAAAGGAAAUCCCCCUGUGGCGAAGAUAGCACGGAUAGCGAAAAUGAGACGGAGAAAAAACCUCUACUCCGCAGAGUGUCAACCAGCAAAUGCGUCGGGAGACUGCCGGUGGUCAAAGAGGGUUACCUGAUGAAGCAGACGCGCAGCUUCCUACGAUGGCAGCGGCGCUACUUCAAGCUGCGCGGGCGCACGCUCUACUACGCCAAAGAGAAGGACGAUCAGUUGUGGGACGAGUUCGAGCUAGAGGACGCCACCUACGCCGAGUACAGUAUCAAACACGCGAAGCACAGCUUUCAAGUGAUAACAGCAAGCCGUUGUCUAGUCCUGAGUGCGGAUACCCGAGGCGAGAUGGAGUCGUGGGCGAGCGCUCUUCGGGGCGCCUUGCACCGCGGCGCCGACGUCGCGGACCUCGUCGCGAGCUUUGCCACCGGUGACCACCACUGGUACACAGCAACACACGCGCGGCCGACCUUCUGCAACGUGUGCCGCGAGCCGCUCGGCGCGCUGGGCACCGCGCAUGCGCUCGCCUGCGAACUGUGCAAGUACAAAGCGCAUAAGAGAUGCGCAGCGCGCGCGCCGCCGUCCUGCAAGUGGAGUACGCUCGCCUCGCUCGGCCCGCACCUUGUGGAGGACCAAGACGGGAACAUAAUAAUGCCACACCAAUGGCUUGAAGGCAACCUGCCCGUGGCGGCCAAGUGCGACGUCUGCGACAAGACUUGCGGCUCCGUUUUAAGGCUACAAGAUUACCGCUGUAUCUGGUGUCGCAAGUGCGUCCACGCAAGCUGCCGGCCGAGCUGGAGAGCCGCUUGUUCCUUGGGGCCUGCCCGAGCUUCCGUAGUACCUCCCACUCGCUUACACUCCGUCGGCCCGGAUGACGGGUGGCUACCAGACCGACCACCCAACGCUUCGCCGCUUAUCGUCUUCGUCAACUCAAGAUCUGGGGACAACCAAGGCGUGAAAUUCCUGCGUCGUUUCAAGCAGCUUCUGAACCCGGCGCAAGUGUUCGAGCUAAGCGGGGCUGGUCCUCGCCUCGGACUGCGUCUGUUCAGGCACUUUGCCCCUCUACGCGUGCUUGUGUGCAGUGGCGACGGGUCCGUUGGAUGGGUGCUGCAGGAGGUCGAUAAGCUGGAUAUGCACCGACAGGUCCAAACUGCAGUACUACCUUUGGGCACUGGGAACGAUCUAGCAAGAGUGAUGGGCUGGGGCGCUUCGUGUGACGACGCGGCCAAUCUGCAGCAACUGCUGGAGCGAUACGAGCGAGCUUCAACCAAAAUGCUGGAUAGGUGGUCAAUAAUGACGUUCGAGCGCGCCCUGACGGCCCCGCCUCCCCCGCCCGCACCGCCCGACCUGCUGGAAGAGAGUGCACUCCUUAGGAACUUGCAGGAGAUCGUGCAGGCGGGCGAAUGCGGGGAAAGCGAAUCGAGCGUAGCACGAGCGGCGUUGCGGGCGGGGUGCGCGCGGCUGGCGGCGGCGGGCGAGCGCGCGGGCGGCGGCGCUGCGCGUGCGGCGCACCGCCUGCGACGCGCGCUGUCGCUGCUGCUGCACGCGAGGACGCAUCUAGCGCACGACCAUGCGCGUUGCGAUUCAUGGGAGCCGAUGGACACGAGUGACAGCGACCCAGAAACGCAACCGGCUGCCGAAAAAGGUAGCAUCGAAAAGACUGAAAAGGAGCAGUUGAACUGGGCGGCGCGAGGCUGCGCGCUGGCGGGGCGCGCGGACAGCGUGCGGCGCGCGCUGCGCAUGCUCGUGCGCACGCUCGCGCAGCUCUUACCGCAGGAAGCGAUCCGCGGCGAGGCGAGUGGCGCGAGCUCGGCCAGGCCGGUACCGGAGGGCGGCGCUGCACCAGACAGUGGUGCGCUGCCCGUGCCGCGCGCCUUCGCCGACAGCCGCCGCUCCUCCGCCGCUUCCGCCAUCUCCGCCGCCUCCAUGCAACCAGACAACAUUCCAGAUGUAGAUGAAGACAUAGUUAAGUUAAUAAGUUCAAACCCACAAGAUCGUGUAGACAACUUGGACGUCGAUAAGUGUGGCCGCAAAACAAGCUCAAUAUCGCCUCAGGACCGUCUUUCGCCUUCCAAUCUUUCCUCCUGUGAUACUAGCUCGUGCAAAAACCUCCUGAGGCCUGAUAUCGAGCGAACUAGCACCACGUUCAAUAGCAGUAGUCUUACAAUACCUAACUUAGUUAUCUCAGACGAUAGUGAUAAGAGAGAUUCGUUAAUACAGGGAGAAACUUAUGAAUCGGACCAAUUGACUAUAAUAGACAUCGACAAGCCGUAUACGGACGACGUACACUUCCAAGAUGUUUGCGACAGAGAGACGCCGGCGAGCGGAGACUGCACGCCGGAGAGGAAGCUCUCCAGCGCAGACUUGGAGAUAGACGCGACCAGUUCCGAGGGGUCCAACAUUAGCGACGACUUUAGCUUAAUAUCGGAGAUCAUUGACUCCAAACCGGGCGACGCGGAGGAGAGUGUCGGUAUUGGGCACAUCGAUUCACCCGAAAUUUCUGAUACGUACAUGAAUUCGGAAACUAUACACGGUGAAUCUAUAAUGGAUGAUAUCAGCUCGAUGCUCGGACAAGAUGUUCUUCUAGCGAUGAUGGGCAAAAACGGCGAAAACGAGACUUACACGGAUGACACGACUCUAUUCACGUCGGAUACAGUUUCCGAUAUCCCGGCGGACGUGGACAGCCGUCAUCCCAGCCUAGAGAAGAAAAUUAAAGGGAAAAUGAAAUACAUAUCGAAAAUAAAAAAACCCGCUGAAAACGAAGUUGAGAAGUUUGGUUACGAGAACAGAGUAUUUUACAUCGAAAAUGCGGCGAAAGCUGAAGAGCAAAUCAAGUAUUGCAGCUUAGCACAAUUUGAAGAAGGAAAUGAUAUUGCAAGAAAAUCGUUUCGAAAGGCACUGAGGAAAAGCAUAAAGAAGAGAGUGGUCGACGAGCCCAAUCUAAAGAAUUUUUUGCCCAAAACAACAGAAGAGCUUUCAUCCAGAGGUGAUGAGACCCCAAACGUUCGAACUUCGCCAAAAAAAGAGUUACCGAAAACGAUACCAGUCUUUGAAGAGAAGAAACCCGAAUUUAGAGAACAAAUACAAUUUCCGCAAGUGAGCGUUGUAGUUGAACCUCCAUCGCCGUCUCACAGCGAAGAUAGAAGCAUCAAAACCUGCCAAAGCCGUAUGGCAUCAGUUCUAAGUGAUAUAUACGACCAAGGAACUGACACGUUAAGUGUCUACUCUCCAGAACCUAAUGUUAGAGAUAGAGAAAGAAGGCAAUCUGACAAUCCAAAACUUCUAGGAUCAGACCCGGAAUAUGGCCAAUUCCUCAGUUGCUCCCCGGCGGCCACCAGGAGGAUAUCAUGCGGGAGUCUCUUCAAGCCUGGCGAACCUGACAACAGGCUAUCAACAUCAGUAUCAUCAAUAUGGGGUGAAGGCGGCACUGCGGGCGGUGGAGGGAGUACAACCAAGUCGGAUACCAGCGAACGAGCUAAAAAGUUACCAAUCAUCAACCCCUUGGUGUCCCUCCCAGCUUGGCCACACGUCACACAAGGUUUCAUAAGCCAAUGUCUCUUGGCCAAUGCUGAUGCGUUAUGUGCUGCAGUAAGCCCAUUGAUGGAUCCUGAUGAAACCCUCUUAGAAGGAUUUUAUGAACGAGCUGUUAUGAACAACUAUUUUGGAAUUGGUAUAGAUGCAAAGAUAACCCUGGAUUUUCAUAACAAAAGGGAGGAGCAUCCUGAGAAGUGUAGAUCAAGGGCGAGGAAUUAUAUGUGGUACGGUGUCCUCGGCUCGAAAGAGUGGGUUAACAGGACGUACAGACAUCUUGGACAGCGCGUCCAGUUGGAAUGUGACGGACAAAGGAUACCACUUCCAGAGCUCCAGGGAAUCGUUGUGCUGAAUAUAUCUUCGUUCAUGGGAGGAACCAACUUUUGGGGAGGGACGAGAGGAGACGAUAUCUUUCUUGCUCCGUCUUUUGAUGAUCGGAUAUUGGAAGUGGUAGCAGUAUUCGGCUCAGCACAAAUGGCAGCAUCACGCCUGAUAAAUCUGCAGAAACACCGCAUAGCGCAGUGCAGGGCUGUGCAGAUCAACAUCCUGGGCGAGGAAUGCGUGCCCGUGCAGGUGGACGGCGAGGCGUGGCUGCAGCCGCCCGGCUGCGUGCGCAUCAUACACAAGAACAGGGCGCAGAUGCUGUGCCGCUCCAGGGCGUUGGAGACCAGCUUGAGGACUUGGGAUGAGAAGCAGCAACAGAAAGCGCACGCGGGCGCGCCCACGCGUUCUCUGGCGCCCGCCGAAGCAGCGCACUUGCUGGUCUUACUCGAUGACGUCAACACCAUAGUCAAACACAUAAAACUGGCGUGCAUUAGUGAAAAUAGCACAGCGGUGACCGGCCGAGUGUGCAGUUCUCUCGCGAUAGCUCGACGCAUCUCAGCGCAGGCCGACGCGCUGCAAGACGCCGAGGGGAAGCUGCUGCCUCCGCCGCAACUGAGACGCUUGUUGGCUACACUGGUGGAAAGUUGUCACGAACUACUGGACAGCGGGGCUAACUUGGGCAAUGCAGCAGUGGGCCUGCGUGCACAUCUGACGCGCUGCUCGAUACGAGACGGACUAGCGUACAUACAAGCGGAUGAGGUACCUCCAAAGAAAACUGGCAGCCGAUGGCUUCGCGGGCGCCGCAGUGUGUCCGAAGGCGGCAACACUCUUACACCAGCACAAGUUCGUACUUGGGGAGUAAAAGAAGUUCAAGUUUGGCUGGAAAGUCUCGAACUCGGAGAAUACAGCGAAGCCUUUACUAAACAUGAUGUCACAGGACGGGAACUUUUGUCACUGGCUAGGCGAGAUCUUCGCGAUCUAGGAGUCACGAAGGUAGGACAUGUCAAGAGGAUCCUUCAAGCUGUGAAGGAGCUGCAGUGACGACGUCGUGGCCGUUCGGAGGGGAAUGGCCACGGAUAGGUAACGCAUUCGUGAAAAAUUGUAAAGGAAUUUCCAGCUUUGUAAACAAAUAUGGCAAUAGUUCGAAGCAAAAUGUUGCAUAGCUCAGGAGUUUGUUUUUUAUUACAUAAAGACCUACCUACAAGUUUUCCACACUAUUUUCAAUGAUUGCGAAUAAUGUUCAAAUAAGUCGUUAAUUUUUUGUUUACAAGCUGAAAAUUUCUAAAAGAAACAUACGUGUAAAGUUAUCCUUUCGAAUUCCAUUCAACCCCCAUUUACCAGUGACCAUGACCAAAAAUUUCAAAAUGUGCGUUCGAAAGUUGAACUGUUUCUUUGAUGAUGAUGAAAUACGUUGUCUCUCCAAUUCCUGUACUACCGCACCAACUAUGCUUAUUAACUCUAAAUAAGGAAACUUUUCGUGCAUGAAUCUCGCUAACUUUCAACAGCACUUUAACUCGCCAACAUUCCCGAUAGUAAGUUUAGAACGAGUUUCGCGAAUACUGAGUACUGAAGUAGGUUGAUGCAAUUUAUCUUAAGUUCCGUUCCAGUUAUUCUGAUAUUAAAGAUGUUGAUGAUACCUCGGUUAUCCAGAAACUGAUUGACAGGUCUACAAAUAUCGAUAUCCUAUUCUGAGGAGACAUAAGGGAGAAUUGCUAAAAGAAACACUACUUUGAGCCUGUCAGUUUUUCUUUUAUAAAAGAA